GGGGCGGAGCUCCAACGGCGGCCGGGGCAGAGCGCCGUUGGGGAGGAAGCUGCGGCAGCGGGAGGUGCAGGUGUGAGUCCGGCGGUCCGUUAGCCGCCCGCACUGCGCCCCUCUCCUUCCCGGCCAUUGGUCGGAGGUCGGCAAGAGCCGGGGUGACUCUCGGAUCUAUGCCCUGGGGGAGCGGCGACACCAGAUUCAUGGCCACCGCGGCGGCUCCGUCUUCCUUGGCCCUCAGCGCCUCCAGCACGGCUGGGGCCCCCAGCUCAUAUGGAGUCUUCUGCAAAGGGCUCUCCCGCACCCUGCUCGCCUUCUUCGAGCUGGCCUGGCAGCUGCGCAUGAACUUCCCGUAUUUCUACGUCGCGGGCUCGGUGAUCCUCAACAUCCGCUUGCAGGUACAUAUUUAGUGCCGUGAUUACGCUGCCUACAUCCCGGCCAGGACAUGGCGGACUCCCAGGAGGCCUGGCGGCGCUGAAGAAAAUUUGUAAGCACGGAGCUCUGGAAUCUCGCGAGAGGUCGUGAGCGCUCUGUGCGGUUGCGCUCUCGGUUCCUACCGGAGCUUCCAGGGCCGGGGCGGAAAGCGGGUCGAGGCUAGAGAAAGGAAAUACGCGAUUUUCCGGGGACAGCAAAGAACUUCAGUUAAGGCCUACGACAAUAUUUAAGAUGCUUUGCAGCCUUAAGAACAGGACGAACAUGAUGCCGGGUAAAGAAAAGGGCGGCUACUAAAGUUUUCAGAAAAAAAAAUUUUUUCAUGUACAAGCUCACGGUCCAAAUUAAAAUAAAACAAAUUUCGGGAAGAUGGGAUUGGACUGGAACCAAGACAUUGAAUGAAUAAGAAGCUGAAGAUCUUAAAGAGAUACGUGGAAGGCAAAUAUAUUUCUUCAACAAGAGAAAACAAUGACAGUCUGAAAUUCGCAGUGAAAAUAACCACAAGUGUACAGGAAAAACAUCCUUCUAAUACCAAACAACGAAAAAUGCUGCUGGAUUUUGAACAGGGUUGGAGUUUUAGAAAGUGGACCCUCUUGCAGUGUCCGUGUAGUUCAAGACCUUGGAACCAAAGAAAAGGAAGUCCAGUCAUAGCACUAACCUUGGUUAUUUUGUGAAUAACACUUCAAUAAUCAUAAUAAUUAAUGUAAAUGCUGUUUAUGGUUCUUAUCUUUUAAAGGAAUACUUAAUUAUGGUUACAAAGUAGAAUGCAAAUGUUAACAGCUUUGAUAAUGGAAAAGUACAGUUUUCAAGUAGGGUUGUUGAAGGGGGAGGGGAAAGCAUAUGGAAUGGUGAUGAUGUCCUUAUAAAGUGGGAAGUUCAGAGAUACAGUCUGUUGUUGAUGUGGAAAAGAAGCAUUUGAUUAUUUAAAGGGUAAAGGGCACAAAGAGUAUGCCAUAAAGUUGCUAAAAUCGUAAUAUAACUAUAUUUAAGAGGGAGGAGAGUAGGGGAGAACAGCUUGAAUUCAGUAAGAAAUGACUAAAGAUAGGUAGAAUGUCUCAAAAAGAAAAACUGAGAAUACCGGAUGUGUUUGAAUAUAAAGACAAGAGAUACUUAGUUUUUCAGAGUCUGGGGAUGGAUUAGUGAUCUGCAGAGUUUUUAAAAAUUAAGGAACCAAGCGUGCCUGGGUGGCUCAGUCGGUUGAGCAUCUGACUUCGGCUCAAGUCAUAAUCUCAAGGCUUGCGAGUUUGAGCCCUGCAUUGGGCUCUGUGCUGACAGCUCAGAGCCUGGAGCCUGCUUCAGAUUCUGUGUCUCUGUCUCUCUUUACCCCUCCCCUGUUUCUGCUCUGUCUCUUUCUCAAAAAUAAACAAUAAAAAAAUUAAGGAAACAAAUUUAUUAUGAAACAGGACAAUUCAAAGUUUUUCAAGAACUACACUGCAUACUUCCAAAUUAUGAAUAAUACUAGCCCUAUAAAGUCAGUCAUAAUUAUAUAAAUGCUGAAUACUAAUACAACAAGAAAUGAUUGUGUAACAUUGUGGGGAUUGGAGAGGAGACAGGUAUGUGUAAUGGGGAAGAAUCAGUCAAGAUCUAAUGUAGAGAAGUCAAUAAAUCAGUAUAUGGACAUUCAGAAAAAACAACAAUAAACAUAAGAAGUGGUUGUCUCAAGAAAAAAAUCAGAGAUGAGUAAAGAAAAGAUAGAGGAUUGCUGUCUUUCACUACCAGUGUAACAGUACUUUGGUUUUUCUUAACUGUAUAUAUAUAUUUCCUUGAUUAAAAAUUAAUUUAGGGAGA